GCCCUCGGUGCGCCACAAGUGCUCGUUCUUUAUCACGGCGCGAAAUCCAACACCGGCUUGAUUCAGGUCCGGCCAGCGCCGAAGCAGUCUCGGUGUGCUGCGCAGCCGUACACAGCAGAACCUACCCUCACUGGGGGACCCGGGGGUCUCUCGUAGUCAAGGCAAGCCGCGGGGCGAUCGGCGCCCCGAACCGACCGUGCAACGGCAGCGUGAGGGCAAAAAAAAGGCCAUGAGCAUCCACGGUGCCCAAGACCAGCAGCGACAGGAGGGCGUCGAGCCCUCCGUGCACGACAACCACGAGCACCACCGGUACCACGUGUCCUCGAUGGCGCAGUACCAGCGCAUGUACCGCGAGUCGGUCGAGGACCCGGCGGCGUUCUGGGGCAAGCUGGCGCAGAGGCUCGACUGGAAAGUGCCGCCGAGCGCCGACCGCUUCCUGGCGUACAACUUCGACCCCCGCGCUGGACCCGUGCGCCUGAUGUGGAUGCAGGACGCCGUCACCAACGCCUGCUACAACGCGCUCGACCGACACGUGCUGGCAGGACGAGGGGACAAGGUGGCCUACUACUGGGAAGGCAACAACCCUAUGGAAAAGAAGACCAUAACUUACGGGCAACUGCUGGAUGACGUCUGCAGAUUCGCCAAUGUCCUCAAGGCAAAAGGAGUGUGCGAGGGCCACCUGGUCACCAUCUACCUCCCCAUGGUGCCCGAACUGGUGGUCGCCAUGUUGGCAUGCGCCAGGCUCGGAGCCGUGCACACCGUGGUGUUUGCAGGCUACUCGGCCGAGUCCCUCGCGCAGAGGAUAUACGACACUCAGUCGAGAAUACUAGUCACCGCCGAUGGAAGUUGGAGAGGCAAGAAGCUCAUUCUACUCAAGCCAAUCGCCGACGAAGCGAUCGAACUGUGCCGACAGAAGAACCACGCCGUCGAUUCGUGCAUCGUCCUGCGCCACCUUCUGUCGAGCGACCUUCGUUCGGGAGGCAACCUGCUCAACGGCUAUUCGAAAGAAUCUCUCGAAAUUCAAGAGGGAACUGAGGAUGUCUACUCGUGGUGGCACGACGAAGUGAGUCGCCAGAGCACCGAAUGCGACGUCGUCUGGGUCGAGGCCGAACACCCGCUGUUCCUUCUCUACACGAGCGGUUCCACGGGUCGUCCGAAGGGCGUGAUCCAUACGACGGGUGGCUACCUGCUGUACGCGCUCUCCACCAUCUACUACACGUUCGACUACCGGCCCGAGGACGUCUUCUUCUGCUCGGCUGACGUCGGGUGGGUCACGGGACACACGCACGUCGUCUACGGAGUGCUCGCCAACGGUGCUACCAGCGUGCUCUUCGAAGGGGUGCCCUUCUAUCCUGACCCCGGACGUUUCUGGGAAAUCAUCGACCUGUACGAGGUCACCAAGUUCUACACGGCACCCACGGCUAUUCGCGCCCUCAUGAAGUACGGUGACUCGUUCGUCAAAAAACACAGCCGAAAGUCGCUGAAGCUGCUGGGGAUCGCGGGUGAACCCAUCGGUCCAGACGCCUGGUUCUGGUACCACCACGUGGUCGGCGAGUGCCGGUGCAUCGUUCUAGACACGUACUGGCAAACGGAGACGGGCGGACAAAUGAUCACGCCUCUGCCAGGCUGCACGCCCCUGAAGCCCGGAGCAGCGACACUCCCAUUCUUCGGUGUGGCGCCAGCCAUACUCGACCCGGAUGGCAAGGAGAUCAAAGGUCCAGGAGAAGGAUAUUUGGUUAUUAAGAAACCGUGGCCCGGCAUGAUGCGCACCUUGUACAAAGAUCACGACCGCUUCCAGAAGAGCUACUUCACGAAGUUUCCCGGAUACUACUUCACUGGCGACGGGGCCCGCCGCGACGAGGACGGCUACUACUGGAUCACGGGCCGCGUGGACGACAUGCUGAACGUGUCGGGCCACCUCAUCUCGACGGCGCAGGUCGAGGCGGCGCUGCUCGCCGUGCACGAACUCGUCGAGGCGGCGGCGGUGCCCCGGCAGCACAAGGUCAAGGGACAGUGCCUCUACUGCUACGUCGUCCUAAAGAACGGCAAACAUUUCACCGAGGAUCUCAAGACCCGACUUAAGCAAAGUGUGCGCUCGAAGAUUGGAGCUUUCGCGGACCCAGAGUACAUCCACUGCGUCGAGCGACUUCCCAAGACCCGGUCGGGCAAGGUGAUGCGCCGGAUACUGCGCAAGAUCGCCUGCAACGAGCUCGAGUUCGGCGACGUGAGCGCGCUCAGCGAGCAGGACGUCAUCUCCGAGCUUCUCCAGUCCAAGUGUUUCAUCCAGAACGGACACUGAAGCCGCAUGCGAUCGCGACCCGCGGUCGUCGCCCUCGGCCUGCGGUUGCGUGGCUUGCUGUGCCGCAAGCCUGUCCUCAGCACUAGCGACAGAGCUGUUCGCCUCUUUUCCUAAACAGACACCGCGACUCGUUGGCUAUAGUCGGUGCGCGUAAAAAAACGCAGUAGCGAGAAGGAGACAGUGACGGACCCCUGCGUCCUUAAAGGGGCCCUGCGACAACCGUCUCUUCGCACUUUCCCGAGUAUCAGCUAAUUGUAAGCUUUCAAUAGUGUAUUCGCUCCAGAAUACACGCGAGACUGUGCCGUAUGGAGACGGAGGCUGUCGUUGGAAAAUUAUUGAGCUAGAAAGCGAAGCAAGUUCUAAGACUCAUUAGCAAAAUAAAAGAAGAGGUUAUAGCUUGUGACGCGAGUUCGUCACUUUUCUUGGCAAGCGCGAAGACGUCAUAUUCGAUAUAUAGCAGCUGUACGUAGGUUGUCGUUUCACCUGUGGCAUCCUUCCGCUUCGAUUCGUCAGGUGGCUGUUUUCUUCUCCCAACUCUAUUUCCUUCAUGCGAUCUUUCCUUUCCUCCUUCCUCUUUUUUUUUUUUUUCGCGUUGAUUACAUCGCUCGAACGCUUUUCCGCUCCGGUCGCCGCUCUCUCUUUCAAGGUCACGGCCGCCGCGCCUCCUUGCUAUUUGUAGAACAAGCGCCUCUGCGCACAGCAAGUUUCCUCCGCACCCGUGCCGCUCUUUCUUUCUCACUUCCUCACGCCUCAUUUCUGGUCUCAUGUUGGGACGGGGGCGAAGCUGUACCAUUUCUUCUUCGUGCUCUUUCGGCUUGUUCGCUUUGUGCACGCGUUACGCCACCACCACGCAACACCGCGUUCAGAACGCGAGCGUGCCUCUAACCAAACUCUAUAACCAAGUCUAAAGAACCAGCGAUAUAUCAACGCGGCCAGCUCUUUAUCAUCUUCUAGCUGCGUGUUGCCCAUAAGGAGUAGCCGCAUAAUUUCGCACACGGACUGGCCGAGCAGCGUUUAUCAACCCCUGCCCGCCCGACUGAAGCGCUCGCAACAAUGACAGCGUAGGCAAAGUAUACCACUUCGUGAGGAUGUCGCAGGGCCCCUUUAGGAGCUUGCCAGCUCUUCGCUUUCGCGCUAGUAUUUUAAGCACGUGCUUACUGUUCACCAAAUCAGAUGGUGGUUGGCUCCUCACAAAUUAGAAGCGCACUCUUCUUACCAUCAUAAAGAAAUAUCCCGAAGUGCUGGGCUAGCCCAUUCUGUAUUCAUUGAACGGUGAUAAUGUAUUCCAGAUUUCUCUCUUCAAGCACACACUUUAUGAAAAAGGACAAGCAGCACAACAUAACAAGCAGCAGGGUGCACCAACUUUCUGUAUCCAGUGCAGCUCGACGUGAUAGAACCAGCGUAACAAUAUUUUAUGUAGUUGUUUGAUGUACUAGAGUAUCCGUUGAAAGUAAAAGACGAAAAAAGAAA